AUGUAUAUCGGCCCAUGGCAAGAAUAUAAAUUAGCUCAAGUUCUAAAGCUUAAGAAUGACAUUUACGAAGGAUCUGCUCCAAGUAAUCAAACUCGUCUGAACGCACAUGUUCUAUCUCUUCAUAAUAAGCGUUUUGAUGCAGGCUCAAAAGCUCACAGCACACCUACAGCUCGAAGUAUUUCAUCUGAGACCAUUCAAAAGCCAUAUCCUACAUUUGAUCUUGACACAUACUAUAAACAAUGCAAAAGAAUAGAAAAUCUAAUAGCAAAAAGCGAAACUACUGAUGAGACUUAUAAGAAGCCUCCUAUCCCAAAAAAUAAUAUCCGAGUGAGAAAAACAAAAAACGCUUAUGUACAGAGACUUCAGAAAAUGAGGACUCUUUAUGGGCUUGAUAAAGAAGAAACUAAGUCCACUUUGGAUGCCUCAUCAGAAACAAAGGAGACUGAAAGUCGGCAAGGAAGAUGCCCUUUGCCAAUUCCAAGAUAUGAAAAUAAAAAUAGUCAAAAUAUUGCGAAUAAAUCGCCAUUGAACUCUAAAGAGUUCUCACCAGGGAUUAGGAAAAUUGAAAAAACCAAUUUAUUACCAGAAGUAAGAAAAUCGGCUCAUUCUGCAUCCCUUUCACAAACUUCAUUGCAAAAUACCAAUAUUUUUAAAUUAAAUGAGAAUACUCAUAUAAACGAUAUGAUGCCUCCCCUUAAAAGCAUUGAUAGAAAUGAAAAUUCACCAAGGUUGACAGAAAAUAAUAGCAUUUUUCAGCAAAAAAGCGUUGAAAAGUUUUCUCCUGCAGUUAAUAGAAAGAAACUUGAAGAAUGUAAGCAGCAUGAAUCUGAAAAAAUAAGAUCGGAAAGCAUCAUAAUGGAUGACAAACAGAAAGCAAUGCCAAGCCCAGUAUUAAAAACAUUUGAGUCUAAAGAUGAAGGAUUAGAAAUUAAAUAUAACAGUACUCAGGAAACUCAUAAUGAAGAAUCAAGAUUUACAUCAAAUGCCAUAAGCAAAAUUAGUGAGAAAAAAUUCGAAAUUGAAGAAGAAAGCUGUGAGCAAAUCGAUGGAUUGCUAAAAUGGGUCAAUGAGCUUCCUGAUGAAAUCAGCAUGGGAAGUCCUGGAGUUUCUUCAAAAGGCAUAGUUAUAUAG